AUGAUGAUAGCAAUAUACAGAUCCGGAUUUCUACCGAGAAAUUAUUUAUUAAUUCCAAAAGUCAUCAACAACAACCUCCACAAUAAAUUUCAGAUUUCUAAAAAAUUCAAAAGUACAUCAUCAGAAACAAAUCAGAAAUCGGAACUUGAAAACGUUCCCUUAAAAAAAUCAAAGCGAAAUUCAAAGCAAGAACACGAAGUAUCAAGUGGCCAAAACCGAAAAUCUUUAGAACCAAUUAAAUUAAAAGAUUACGACCCGAAAAAUUUCAACCCAGACACACAACCAAAUGAAACAUCAGCAAUCCAUACAUCAAAAGGUUGGUUCUAUAUCCCUAAACAAUUCCACAUAACAGACAAAGAACCACAAUUAUUCCUAGAAAAUAUAUUCAAGCUUAGAAAAUUCUCAUCUAACAAAGAAAUUCAAGAUUACAUCAUAAACGAAAUGUGUACAACUUAUCAACCAGAAACUCAACCAACUAAACUUAAACGAAAACAACUCAAAUUAAAUGAAGAAAUGAGAAAACGCAAGAACUUGUUUAAAGAACAAAUGCUUGAAAUAAAUCUAGAAGAAUUUAACGCUAAAUUAAAAAAAUCUCAAGAACCAAAACCAACAAAAGAAGUAAAACCAACUAAAAAAGGUCCAAAAUUAAGAGAACCAAAAGAAUCAACAAAAUUAAGAUUCAAAAUCACAAACAAUAAAGUAGAAAUAAAAGGUAAUCUCAACCUCAAACAUACAUGGUUAUACUAUCAAUCAAAACAAUUAACUCAAAUACCAAGACUUACAAAAUUGGAAAUUUCAAAUAAUUGGAAAAAGUUACCACAGAACAUAAAGAAUCAAUAUCAUAAAGAUUACCGAAAGUUAUUACUUUCUGGUAAGGAUUAUUAUAGUGGUGAAAUAGUUGAUUUAUCUUCAAGAUUAAGUCAAUUAGUUGAAGAUGAUGGGUUUAGAUGUAGGAAAACUAGAAAUGAAUUGAGUUUUGAAAAUCGAAUUAAAAGAAGUGAAAAGAGCAGACAUUCUGAUGAUAAAAACACGGAAAAUAAACGUGCUACAGUAGAUUGA